AUGGUGGUCGCUCAUCAUCUAUUGGCUAUUGGUACCAAUUUUGAUGAUCCUUUUCUCUACCGAUCACUUGUUGGAGCUCUUCAAUAUCUCAUUAUCACUCGUUUGGACAUCACUCAUGCCAUCACUGCCGCCGGUCAGUACAUGCAUAAGCCAUCUGUCUCUCAUUUUCAAGCAAUUAAGCGAAUUCUUCGUUACGUUAAAGGAACUCUUCAGUUUGGACUGAUUUUUACUCCAUCUUCUUCUCAGGAGAUCCUUGUUUAUUUUGAUGCCAAUUGGGCUGGGUGUCCUAACACACGUCGAUCAAUCUCUAACUAUGCAAUUUACUUUGGUGAUAAUCUUGUGUCCUAG